AUGCGAAUUCUGCAUUCUAAAGCUAUAACAGACCCGAUUUUGUUGGUUUCUGCAUGUCAUAAUAUGAAUCUCUUCGCGGUGGUCACGUCCACCACAGUUACCGUUUAUCGUUCCACCACUCUUACUGUUGUCGCUACUUUGCCACUAUCCACUGGAUACAUCAAUGAGAUCAUAACAUCAUCUAAAGAGCUCCGGUGCGCACAAGAAAUGAUAUAUAAGAAAAUACCCGAUAGUGAAGCGCGUGGGAGUUCUUUGGGUGCUUCUAUACGUACGCCUCCUAAUAACGAGUACAAACAAAAUGUGGUGCCUUUUAUUACAGAUGGCAUGGCCGCCUGGUCUCCGUCAGGAAGGCUUUUUACCUUUGCUCUUCCCUGCGGUGUGGUACUAUUGCUGGAUGUCGAAAGCAGUGAUCUGGUGCGUGUUUUUAUCCCAAAGUCUUCCCAAAAAGCCUCUGUCGCUAAGCGAACCCAUGAGAAUUUAACAUCUUCUUCCAGGCUUCGUCAUGGUCCACUUGACGUCGAUGGACGAAUCCGAAACACUCUCAAUGGGGUCUCACACGCGGAGGCUCCCUCAAUUAUCCUUUUUGAAGGAGUCUCUCACGCCGAGGCUGGCAGGGGCGAACCCUCCGAAGGGGGAAAUCCGACAGAGGAGAAACACUCCCACACGUCAUCUACCGCUUUAAGUGAACCCGCGGUGAUUUCGAUAUCCACCGCUGUCGGUCCGAUUGCGGCGCUGAGUUGGAUAACGGUGCCGUACUCUCAACGCCGCUCGUGUGAUCUCUCCUUUUGCACGAACGGCAUCUACGCGGAAUGCCUUUCACUACAGCCGGAUCUCUCCUCCUCACUUUUGGACGAAGUGGAAACGUCUUUCGCGCAAAAAGGGGAUCCCACCUCCGCCGAAGGUGAUACAAGGCGUGCGGUUGCUAUUUUAAUGAUUCUUGACAUGGCCGGUGGUCUUAGUUUUGUUGUGGGGGGCCUGCAGGAGGUUCGCUUUAUAAGGAUUGGUAUGCCUUACUCUUUGGGAAAUGGAAUCCAUGUGGAGAAGCUUAUUACAGUGCCUGUGCAAGAAACUCAUCCACAGUUGACGAACCUCGAGGUUGAUCUACAGUGCGAGGAAGGUGAUGAUGAGCAAGAAAUAGAAACCCAUUCAGCAGCACGAACAGCUCAGAUACCGAGGGAUUCCUUUUUUUUCAGCCUCACCUCACACUCCCUGCUCUCGCUUUCUAAUCAGCUUGAACAAUAUCGUGGUAAAAAUCUCAUGGAAGAGGCUCACAUAACCUUGGAAAAGUGGGUGCACCGAUCCGUGCGUUAUUCGCAUCGAGUCUAUCUCCUUGUGAAACCCACGAGUGCCUCGAAUUCAAAUUACAAUUCCUCUGCUAGUACUGCCCGCCGCGAGCUUUUUGAAAUUGACCUUGGUCUCUUACUAACGAGAAUGGUGGAUACGCGUACCGCGAUGAUUUGCUGUAUUGCGGAGUACUGUCGUAUGGCUGAAAUCUGCAUGCAAAGCCAACAACAACUCUGGCGUAGCGUCCUCGAGAAUGGCACCAGAAAGCACUUAAAUCUUCCGUCAAAGGCGCUUUUGCUGCGCGAUGUCGUUGUCGAGCGUCUUACACAGCCAAAUUUAGCGAAUUUGAUGGCAUAUUAUGCCAACAUUGACAAGUUCGCGUUGGUGGAGGAUCUUGAAAAGCUUUCAAAGACUUUGCGGCAUGUGGUGAAGGUGGUGGAGCGGACCUGUUAUCGUUGCUAUGACGCCUCCAUAAGCCUGUUGAGCACGUUCGCCGAUUGUAAUACCGCUCUUAACCAGAACACUUAUGAAGGGAAAGUUCAGCCCCCCAAAGAAGGAUUUUACACCCCAUCGCGAUUAUCCAUGCGUGAUCUUAGCGCGGAGGUGAUUGAGAUCAUCGGAGAUCUUCGUCGCUGCGCGGAGACCUUCCUGCGCGGUGUUCAAGUUGAGAUGAGUUAUGAGCAGGAUCUCCUUCACUACGUCUUGCAUCGUUCUUCGCUCUUACUCACCCCCUCAGCGACGUCCUCGCGCGAGCGGCACAAGUACUUUUCUGCCGCCGCCAUGGUGAAUGCUAAAGGAAAGGCAACUUUGAUGAACUUUUCGACCGAGCCGCUUGCGGUAGAGCGUCAUCCAACUCUCCUGCGUACGCUUGAGCGGAUUUAUUCCGGAAAGAACACCCUCAUCUCCCCACAUUCCCCCAUGUCUGAUGUGGUGGAUGAUUUUACAAAGUGGAGCCGUAGCCUUGAAAGACUCAUUCGCUGCAUGCUCAAUCAAAGAAGUCAGGAGGAGGAGGAUUUGCGUCUUUUGAAUCAAGCGUAUAAAAGGGAAGAUCGGGUUGAAGCUCAACGUAUUGAGGGUAUUGCUUAUAAUCGUGCAACUGAAGCAUGUUUUAUUGACUUUUUUGAGCCCCACGUCACGGUUUCCGAAGAGGUUGAUUCCAACAAAGAGACGGAUUUACAAAGCAAUGAAGAAAAGGAAUAUCCUGCUUCUUUUCCUCAUUUAUUUGUGAAGGUAGUAGUGGUGUCAGCUCCUUCCUUAGAAAACCAAGCGCUUCUGAAAGGAGCAUGUGGCGGGAUCUAUAACGGGAAUCUUUCCAUAAACCGACAUUCGUUAAUUGGUCAAACGCCUUUUUUCAAUUCUUCUGCGAACACAGUUUCUCUGCAAGCUCCCUCCAUGGGUUCUAUUCAGGUGUCGUCUAAUAAGUUGAUUCCUGUGUGGUAUGGUUAUCUGCGUGAAGAUCGACAUUUAUUUGUCUAUAUUCCUAUGAAUGCGAAUAGGAAAAUGAAUCCUAGUUCGACUGCAUCUGCCGAACGGGAAAGCUCCAGUGAUGUUAUGGUAGUUACCUUUAAUGACGAUAUGGGGAAUCCUGUAGUUUACGAAGCGAGAGAAGAAGAAGAAAAGGAGGAAGAAUCGUUGAUUCGAGAAUGGGGAGUAAGGAAUAUCAAUUCUAACAACCCCGAGGAAUCAAACGUGGGAGUGGAAGUUAGUGGAAUGCCGAUUAAUGGGUCUACUAUACGUGCUACGAUGAGCCGUGCAAGGGAAUUCUUCGUGGUCGCUGCGAAUAACCGAUUUGUUGUCUUUGAUUUAUACGAUGACUAG